AUGGGCGACGUUGAGAAAGGCAAGGAGAUUUUUGUUCAGAAGUGUUCCCAAUGCCACACCGUGGAAAAGGGAGGUAAGCACAAGACUGAGCCUAAUCUCCAUGGUAUCACUGAGUGGAAGACAGGUCAGCCCACUGGAUUCCCUUACACUGAUGCCAAUAAGAACAAAGGCAUCACCUGGGGAGAGGAUACACUGAUGGAGUAUUUGGAGAAAUCCAAGAAGUACAUCCCUGGAACAAAAAUGAUCUUUGCUGGCAUUAAGAAGGGAGAAAGGUCAGACUUGAUAGCUUCUCUCAAAAAAGCUACUAAUGAAUAAUAAUUGGCCACUGCCUUAUUUAUUACAAAACAAAUGUCUCAUGACUUUU